UCUCCCCUCAGCGCCGCCGCCGCCUCAGACAACAGCAGCGGCCCGACGCCCCGCGCUGCGCCGCGCCUCAGGUACUGAUGCCGCGUUAGCCUCGUUCCCGUACCAAAAUGGCCAGACUCUCCGAGGCCCCUCUGUCCUUAUCCGAGUGCCAGUGCCAGAUAUGUACGGAAAUCCUCAUAGAACCGGUAACCCUGCCCUGUAACCACACGCUCUGCAAGUCGUGCUUCCAGUUGACGGUGGAAAAGGCCAACCUGUACUGCCCGUUCUGCCGCCGGCGGGUCUCCACCUGGGCCCGGUACCACGCCCGCAGCAACACGCUGAUCGACGUGGACCUCUGGGAGAGGAUCCAGAAGAACCAUCCCGAGGAAUGCCGCAGGAGAGCCAGUGGGCAGGAAACCCAGCAAGACGUUGAUUCACACCAGCCCGAACGAAGGUUAAGCAAACCUGGAGAAUUGAGGCAGGAAUAUGAAGAGGAGAUCAGCAAGGAGGUGGAGGCGGAGCGGCGAGCGUACGAAGAAGAGGAGAGGAAGGCCAGCGCAGAAUACAUUCAGAGACUCCUGAAAGAGGAGGAGGAGGAAGAACAAAGGCAAGCGGAACAGAGGCGGUGGGAAGUGGAGAAGCAGUUGAAACUGGAUGAAGAGAUUGCGCGGAAACUGAGCAUCAACCUGAACAAGCCCAAGACCGAGGGAGGUGUCUUCAGCUCUUCUCUGACGCCCAAACAAUCUGAUCCGACUACACCGAAGACUCGGAAGUCAGGCAAGACCAGACCACGCAGCGAUGGAGAUAUUCAAAAGUACCUGUCGCCAAAAGCCCAAAGUUCCUCCGUUCCAGCCUCGCAGCCUGAUCCCGCCAAGGAAGGCACGAGUAGCUCCCUAUCUAAGGACCCCGGCGGCUAUAAUACCGCUCGCCACGGGCGGUGGGAAGAAGAGGAGGAGGAGGAGGAAGGAAUGCCUACAUUAUCUCCACAAACAUUCCCGGGAGUUCAGGACGGAAACAGCAUGGAAUCUCUCGGAGACUCGCCUAUGCCUCAGUUACGUGCCUUUAGCGGGGGAGAGCGCGAACGGAUGCCAGACGAUCCCAGUCGGGGCGCGAGCGACGACGCCAAAGCCGGGGUGGGAUCUCCUUCCGCGGGGGCGGCCGAGCUUGGUGGCGAAACAGAAGGCGGACCCACGCCGAGCCGUCCGGCGCGGAUAACGGCGGACGACCAAAGCCAGGCCGAAACCGACGCGACGGGGCAGCCGGUCGCCAAGGACGCCCUGAAGAGGAAAGACCAGGGGCUGCCUCCCGAAACGGCCGACCCCGUGGGCUUCUCCGGGAAGAAAAGGAAAACCUGCCCGGAGGCCACCUCGGACCAAGAGGAAACGCAAAGCAGCCUCGCCCAGAAACUGGUGGACUUGGAGCGCCUACUGUUUGAGCGGCACAGGCAGGAGGAGGAAGAUCGGUUAUUGGCCUUGGAGCUGCAGAGGGAGGUGGAUAGGGAGCAGCAGCCGAACAGGCAGAAAGGCUCUCCGGACGAGUAUCUCCUCCGCGCCAAACCGCCUGGGCCUCGAGACGAAGCGGCGGACGGGCAGAGGAGUCGUUCCAGAGAAAGGGCCGCCAAGAGACAGACCGCAGCCGAACACCAGAAGCCGUGGAGGGGCCCUAAAGACGAAAAUUGGCAACCGCCUCCGAAGAGCCAGCCGAAACCGGGAGGGAAAGCGCCGGCCUCUUUCCGGAACAGCAGCCGUCACCCGUCGAAGGACGCCCAGUCGCUCCGGCCGUGCAAUUCCCAAAAGAAAAUAUUUCAGAUGUUUCAGAGAUCCGCAGAAUGAUGGCUAGGGAGUAAGGAGUAAAUUUCCUGUUACGACGCUC